GGGUGAACCUGCCGCCGCGAUGGGACGGAGCCCCAGACGCGACAGCUUGCACAGGCAUUCAGGCUGAGGAAAAACGCAAGCGACGGCCCCCUCGGACUAUGCGACAAACGAGGCGCGUUGUUUUUAAUUCCCCAGUAUUUUAUUUUAUUUUAUUUAUUUUUUUCUCAUUUUAAGAAUGCUUGUUCUCGUGAAAUGGGCGCAGAAGUUGACCCGACGGUCUCCUCUGCACGCUGCGGCGAUGAGACUCCAGCUCGACUAGAAAUGCCACCGCUGUCAAUGGGACGGUGAAGCGGCGGGUGGGGGGGCCGGGGAUCAGGGAAUUACCUCUCCGACCCUGCACGGACUGGAUUUCUCCGGGAUUUCACCCCGCUGAAGACACUGGAAACUCUCCUCUCAAUAAUUUUAUAGGUAGACUUCUUCUCGCAUGCUACUUUUCCGGCUUAAAAUAGACCAAAACCUAAAAACAAAAAUGUAUUCCCAUUAGAAAUAGAGGCUAGAUCAUUAGACGGUUCCAUCUCUGCAGCCUUUUGCAUUUGUUUUUAAUUAAUUGUAUUGAUUAUGCCCACAGACAUUCAGGGGUUAUUAGUUUUUCAUGACACAAAAGGGAACCUGACGCCAAGAUGUAACAUAAGUUGUUUUUAUUAAUUAUUUAGCUCAUAAUUAACCCGAAACACACCCGCACAGCUGUCUAGUGGAUGCCACAUGCUGCCAAAAUGUUGUAGUUUUUCUUUAAUUAGAGCAUAUUUAGAUGGUGUUGACUCAUAGCUUUGCAGGAUGAAAACAUCAGCGACCUAUCUGGUCUGGUAAAGUUAUUUUACGCACCGGAAAGCAUGCGCUCCGCACGCAUGAUGGGGUUUUAGGGCCUGUCUUUCUCUUAUUUCACAACACAGUCAAAGAUCUAUGCCUUUUUUGUUUUUUUUUAAAGACUUUCCGCUCUAUGAACAAGUUGUGCUGGUAAACUAUUUUUGCUUUUUGAAAGGAACGAGAUGUGCACCCACCUGUGGUGAUUCUCUUGCUACUGUUUCCAUGCGUCUUUCUCCUCCUCCUCCAGAGCUCUGGACGUUGUUGUGGAUUGUGUUGCAGUUCAAUGCAAUGGGCUGCAUCCAGAGUAUCAGGUGUAAGCCCAAGAGUUUCCGAGAGCGUAUCCUCGUCCUGGAGCUGAACGCGUCCAUCGACUCCAACCCCACCAGCAUCGACGAGGCGUCCAGCGUGGUGCUGCGCUACCGGACGCCGCACUUCCGAGCCAAUGCCCGGGUCCUGGUGCCGGCUCUGGCGGCCAAAGAGACGUGGACCAUCGGCUGGAUCCAAGCCUGCAACCACAUGGAGUUCUACAAUACGUAUGGGGACAAAGGGAUGUCAAGUUGGGAGCUUCCCGACCUGCGAGAUGGCAAGAUCCAGGCCAUCAGCGACUCGGACGGCGUCAACUACCCGUGGUACGGCAACACCACGGAGACCUGCACGGUGGUCGGACCCACCAAGAAGGACAGCAAGUUCACCGUUAGUAUGAAUGACAAUUUCUACCCCAGCGUGACCUGGGGAGUGCCGGUCAGCGACAGCAACGUGCCUCAGCUACGCAGUAUCUACCGUGACCAGAGCUUCACCACCUGGCUGGUGGCCAUCAAUCAGACCACCGCGGAGACGCUCGUCCUCCAGACCAUUCACUGGAGGAUGCGUCUCCACAUCCAGGUGGACCCAGAGAAGCCUUUGGGUCAGAGGGCUGUUCUGAAGGAGCCCGUGGCUCAGGAACAGCCUCAAAUCCUGGGCAAGAACGAGCCUAUCCCCCCUAACGCCACAGUCAAGCCAAACGCCAACGAUGCCCAGGUGCUGAUGUGGCGGCCAAAGAACGGUGACCCUGUGGUGGUCAUUCCACCCAAAUACUGACCAGACUGGCCUUGGAUACCUUAGCAGUAUCACCUCUUAUGUGUUUUAUUGCUUUUAGCCCUCCUUUUCACCGCUUUAACUCGUCUUUUUUUUAUUUAUUUAUCCCUUUUCUUGCCUCAGUAUUCUUCUCACGUCUUCAAAAGACUGACAGAGAUUAUAAAAAUGGGCAAAAUGAAAACCAGCGCUGAGGGAAAACCAGCUGUCACUUGUUGAAGAAGGCUUGAACAUACUUUUGAAACUGGAGCGAAUUAACUGCAACCAUUCUACCUUCAAACAUCGGUCGGGUUUCACUGUGCUAAAAUGCAAAAAUAUGAUAGAACUGUGUUUUUGAGUUAUAUUUACUAUUUUACAUUGUGGCUAUUAGAGCCAAGUGAUGUGGGAUUUGUGCGUGCGGGAGGGUUUUAUCUACGUACCGUGCACGGUCAUGUCUGCACACAUGCUGCGCAUACUUUGUGUGCAAAUACCAGUUGUGUUUUUAUUUAUGAGGCUGGAGAAAACGCGCAUUUAAAUGUGUUUAUUUUGUUUUUUUGUUGCUGUUGUGUUUCUUUCAAACAGGACAAAGUGUAAUGCGUGACAUUGUAGACUUUAGUACUUUUUAAGAACAUGCAAGACAUUCAGUCCAUGCUGCCUUAAGUUUACAUUGCUUUCCACUGCAAAUGUUUAGCCUUAAACGAAGUGCAAUCCAGUAUAUGUGUCCCGUCUUCAUCCAGAUGUUGGUGCUGGCAGCAGGCGUGGGGGUUUAGGACAGGGAACCAAAGCACUGAAUACAACCCAGGUCUCAAAUAUGGACCUUUUGUGUUUCCCUGCAUUCACCUUUCAAAUCUAUCGACAGACGAGCAGCUUUAUGUGUAAAAACAGAUUGUGCAAUCAAAAUAACCGUGUUUCAAGUUAAUUAUGCAACAGAGGAAAUGCUCUGCGUGGACGAGUGAACCCGACACUCAUCAGCGGCACCGAUAAACCAAACUGUAGCGAUGCAAUAUCAACUUGAGACAAAAAUCUACUGAAAAUCUCGCGUCAUGUAUCAUCACAUCUCAGGGCUCCUUCUUACAUCCUUCCUCUGUCUUUCUUUCGUUCAUCCAUCCUGCCUUGGCUACUCUUGCCACCAGACCUCAUACUGAAUAAUCAGUACUUCCGUUAAUAAGCGGUAAAACAGAGGAACACAUUUCUAGAGCUGGGGAUCGAUUCAAAUGUCAAGAAUCGAUUCCGAUUCUUAAGAUUCAGAAUCCAUUAUCACCAUUUGAUCCGAUCCGAUUUGAUAUUGAUUUGGGUUAAUGUUUCCUGGAUUAUAUGACUGUAAAAUAACUAUUGAAAUAA